AUGUCCAGAAAUAAUAACAAUAGUAAUAGUAAAAAUAAUAUAUUAACAACAUACAAAAAGAAUAAAGAAAAAAAAUUGGGUGCUUAUGAAGAGCAUAUUGCAAAUGUACUUGGUUGUAAACCAAACAGAAAACCUGUAUUUAAAGUUGGUCGUCAAAAAGUAUCUUUAGAAUUUGUACAUAGAUAUUCAUUGAAUACUGCUGGUGGUGGGGGUGGGAAUGGAAGUGGAGGUGGAAUUGGUAUUACUACAUCAACUACUACUUCUAAUUCAACAAGGAGUAAAAAGAUUCAUGAUAAUAGUAAUAGUCUAAUACCACAACAACAGCAACAACAAUAUACUUCCAUUACUACAAAUAGUACUCAUUCAAGGAUGACAGGUGUCAAUGAUCAUCAUCUGUACACAAAGAACAACAACAACAAUAGUGAUGAUGAUUUUAACUUUCAGACUGUACAACAAGAUAAAGCAGGAGGUGUAAAUCGCACCAAGAACGCUGAAAUGUAUAGGGAAUACCUCUUUAAUACACCAAACGAUGAUGUAUCACCAUCAUCCUCCUAUGUAUUUGAUUCUAGUAAUAGUGGAGGUCACAUAACCAAUUAUAAUUCUCUACUCUCUCCAAACAAAAGAUUACCAGUAGUUAGUUAUAAUAAUAAUAUCAAUAAUAGCAAUAACAAUAACAAUCACAAUUAUAUAAAUAAUAGACAACCAAAUUACCAAAAUAAUGAUAACAUAUAUGAUAACAAUGAUCAAGAUAAUGAUAAUGAUAAUGAUAACUUUUCUCCAUUCAUUCUAGCAACCAAUAUAAGUUUAAAUAGCAGGUCCACAGAGUCAAUUAGUAAUUGUACUACACCAACAAGAGAUAACAUUAAUCAACUUCUCAACAAAUCAAACAACAACAACAACAACAACAACAACAACAAUAAUAGUGAUAAUAUCAAUGGUAAUAUAGAUUCACAACCCUUUAGUUUCGAUCUGAGUGGUCUAUCAAAGAAUAAUAACAAUAAUAACAAUCAAAAUAUUAAUAACAAUAACAACCAAAAUAAUAGUAACAAUAACAAUCAAAAUAUUAGUAAUAAUAAUAAUAAUAAUAAUAAUAGUGGAAAUAGCAUUAGUUCAAGUCAAUUCAAUAAUUCACCAUUUACAUAUAGACUUACAGCACAAAACUCUGAUAUAAUAUGUUCUUUCGAUAACUCACCACUCAAUCUUGAGAACUAUGUGCCAUCCACAAUAGAAGAGGAAAAUCAACGAGAACUAUCAAAGAAACCAUCAGCACAACCAAUUCAACCAAUACUACAACAACACCAACAAAAACAACAAUCACAGCAACAACAACAACAACCAAUCAAACAAAUUGUAAAUAUCAUCGACUUGGAACAAUCAUCAUCACAACAACUAAAAUCUGGCAAACCUAAACCAACCAUCGAAGAGAUGUCCAAUAUUUUCAAACAGAAUCAAUUGAAAAAUCAACAACUCAAACAACAACAUCUGGAACAAGAACAACUGAUGUUACAGAAAUUACAAGAGCAACAACUACAGCAACAACAUGAUUUUGAUGAUCUAACACCUCCACCAAGUUGUGGUCAAUCAAUCUCACAAAAAGAGAGUUGGUCAAGAUACAAACUUGAAAAUAAAAUGAAGAAAACAUAA